AUGGUCGGCCUUCAAGCAGACAACAUCGCCGUGAACGACGGUCCCUUGACCUCCGAGAAUGCAGCUUUCCUCCGCCCCUCAGAGCCAUCCCUCCCCCUAGAAGAACUCCGCAAAAGAUACGAGAAAGACGGCUAUCUCUUCCUAAAGCAAGUCCUCCCCCGCCAGGAUGUCCUCGACGCCCGCAAUUCAUACUUCUCUUCCUUGCAAUCAACAGGCGUCCUGAAGCCCGACACAGAACCAGUAGAGGGCAUCUUCGACCCAGCCAAGAGUCACCUCGACUAUCCAGGCAUUGGUGCCGGUCAUAUCGGUGGGAAUGGCAAGCCCGGUGGUGACCGGGCAGCCGCGUUCGUUGAUCUGGCCCUCGAUGCACAUUACCAGGACUGGUACGCCGAGAAGUUCUGCAACCACCCGGCGCUAUAUAAAUUUGUCGCGAAGUUUUCGGAUUGGGGGAAGGAUACGCUGAAUCUACGCCGUACUUUGCUGCGGAAUAAUAUACCUGGAUCGAAGCCUAUUGGCGUGCACUAUGAUCAGAUCUUCUUGAGAUAUGGUGAUCCGACAAGUGUUACUGCUUGGGUUCCUAUGGGUGAUAUUAAGAUUAAUGGUGGUGGUCUGAUCUACCUGGAAGACGGCAUGUCUACUUGCGACAAAGUCGGACUCAAGUUGGAACAGGCCUUCUAUACCAAGGCGAAGGCAGCUGGCAUGACCGACGAGGAGGCCAACUCCGCUUUUAACACAAACAUGAUGACAACUGGUUUGCUCUCCGAGUUCCCGAGUGAAUUCGCCCGGGAGAAUGGCCGUCGCUGGUUGGUGUCGGCAUACGAGGCUGGAGAUGUGGUGCUACACAAGCCUCAUAUGAUUCAUGCUUCGACUAUUAACAAUGAUUCCGACAAUGUCAUCCGCCUUGCUACCGAUCUACGGUUCUGCGACUCGUCCAAGCCUUAUGAUAAGAGAUGGAUGAACUUUUACAAGUUCGGCGAUGGUGUUUAA